ACUGAGCCGCGCUGGGUGCACCAGCGAAGGAGGCCCUUGUCCUCCCCUCCCCCUCCUGCCCCCUCUUCCGGGCGGUGGAAACCGCUAGGCAUUAGGCAGGCUCGCCUCCAACCUGAAGGAGACUUGGGGUGUCAGGAAGACACCGCCGCCACGUGACGAGCGAAGGGGAACACCAUGCAGGAUCCAAAUGAAGAUACAGAAUGGAAUGAAAUUUUAAGAGAUUUUGGCAUUCUUCCUCCAAAAGAAGAGCCAAAAGAUGAAAUUGAAGAAAUGGUUUUACGUUUACAAAAAGAAGCAAUGGUUAAGCCUUAUGAAAAGAUGACUCUUGCACAGUUGAAGGAAGCUGAAGAUGAAUUUGAUGAAGAAGAUAUGAGAGCUAUUGAAAUAUAUAGAGAAAAGCGGUUACAGGAAUGGAAAGCUCUUAAGAUAAAACAAAAAUUUGGGGAAUUAAGAGAAAUUUCUGGAAAUCAGUAUGUGAAUGAAGUCACAAAUGCAGAAAAAGAUGUGUCAGUUAUAAUUCAUUUAUACAGAUCAAGCAUCCCAAUGUGUUUGUUGGUUAACCAGCAUCUUAGUCUUCUAGCAAGAAAGUUUCCAGAAACUAAAUUUGUUAAAGCCAUCGUGAAUAGUUGUAUUCAACACUACCAUGACAAUUGUUUACCAACAAUUUUUGUUUAUAAAAACGGUCAGAUAGAAGGCAAAUUCAUUGGAAUUAUAGAAUGUGGAGGGAUAAAUCUCAAGCUGGAAGAACUUGAAUGGAAACUAGCAGAAGUUGGAGCGAUACAGACUGAUUUAGAAGAAAACCCCAAAAAAGGCAUUGUAGAUAUGAUGGUAUCUUCAAUUAGAAACACUUCUCUUUAUGAUGACACUAACAGUUCAAGCAGUGAUAAUGAUGAUACCAAAUAGAAAUAUUUAAUAAAUAGCUUCAAAGUAUUUA